AUGAAAAAAUUAAGAGCUUACACGGGUUCUCGUAUGUACAGAGAUAUCAAGCUGAGAGGUGCCAUAGUUCAUAACAAACAUUUGAAAAUAUUGCCGCUAGAAACGAUAUGCCUGAAUGAGCACAGUAUCUGGAAUUUGUCCAGUGACUCGGGUAACUUGGGUACGUUGGUGGUGACCAACGUCAGAGUCGUUUGGUACGCCGAUGUCAACGACGCGUUCAAUGUGUCCAUGCCCUAUAUUACCAUUGAAAGUAUUUCUGUCCGAGAUUCGAAGUUCGGCGAAGCUCUAGUAUUCGUAGUUCGCCCAACUUCAGGCGGUUACGUAUUAGGUUUUAGAGCAGACCCACGUGAAAGACUCCGCCCGUUACUUACAGAGCUGCAAGCGUUACAUCGAGCAUAUACAGAAAAACCGAUCUUUGGUAUUGAACUUAUUUGGAAUAAUGAGAAUCCAAAGUCAGAAUCUGAUGAUAUCGAAGAACUAGAAGAAAUAGGUGAGCCACGUGGAGAAAUGGGGCCCAACUUAUAUUUGGCGUCACAAUUAGCUCAAAAUAAGGGAGAAGCUGAAAGUCAACCUGUCUAUAGCCCUUAUUUAGGGUUAGCUAUAGAACCAUUGAAAGAAGGAUUCACAUUGAAAAGUCUUUUUGAAGUUCAAACUUCAUCAUAA